AUGAGGGCUCCCCUGACGCCACCUCCCGGAGGCGAGGAAAGACUCGAGACGGCCUGGCCCCCUGCGACCAACGCCAGCGGCACCCCUGUGGCAACGGAGGAGGCGGCGGCGGCGGGGACCGGGGGCGCGGGGGCGGCGGGCUCGGUAGCCAUCCAGUGAGUCUCCAAGCUGGUGUGCGUGGUGGGCAACGCCCUGGUCAUCUUCGUGAUCCUCCGCUACGCCAAGAUGAAGACGGCCACCAACAUCUACCUACUGAACCUGGCUGCGGCCGACGAGCUCUUCAUGCUGAGCGCGCCCUUCGUGGCCUCGUCGGCCGCCCUGCACCACUGGCCCUUCGGCCCGGCGCUGUGCCGCGCGGUGCUCAGCGUGGACGGCCUCAACUCAUUCCCUAGCGUCUUCUGCCUGGCCGUGCUUAGCGUGGACCGCUACCUGGCUGUGGUGCACCCACUGCCACCUGCCGCCGGCCCGGCGGGGCCAGACUGGUCAUCGGGUGUGUGGCUGUCGUCCUCGCUGGUCACCCUGCCCCUUGCCGUCUUUGCUGACACCAGGCCGGCUCGCGGCGGCAGGGCCGUGGCCUGCAACCUGCACUGGCCGCGCCCAGCGUGGUCGGCGGUCUUCGUGGUCUGCACUUUCCUGCUGGGCUUCCUGCUGCCCGUCCUGGCUAUCGGCCUGUGCUACGUGCUCAUCGUGGGCAAGAUGCGGGCGCUGGCGCUGCCGGCCGGCUGGCAGCAGCGAAAGCACUCCGAGAAGAAGAUCACGUGGCUGGUGCUGACGGUGGCGGCCGUCUUCGUGCUCUGCUGGCUACCUUUCUACGCGGUGCAGCUGCUGAACUUCUCUGUGACGGGCCUGGAUGCCACCGUCAACCACGUGUCCCUCAUCCUCAGCUACACCAACAGCUGCGCCAACCCCAUCCUCUACGGCUUCCUCUCUGAAAACUUCCGCCGGUCCUUCCAGCGGGUUCUCUGCCUGCGCUGCUGUCUCCUGGAUGCCUCUGGCGGUGCAGACCAAGAGCCACUGGACUACUGUGCCACCGCCCUCAAGAGCAGAGGGGGCGCAGGAGCCGCGUGCCCCCCACUCCCCUGCCAGCAGGAGCCCAGGCAACCAGAACCCAGCUGCAAGCAGGUCCCCCUCACCAGGACCACCACCUGCUGA